CCUCCACCCCGCUGCUGUUCACAGAUGUCGGACGCAAUGUCCGCUGCCGCCACCACCCAGAGAGGCAAGGGCACGCAGAGCGCCAGUGGCGCCACACUGGACUUCUCAUUUCGCUGCAUCACCGCCAUGGAAGACUUGCUCACAGAAGAUCCUCGGAGUAUGCCAGCGGAAGCAAAGGCGCGAAAUGCCAAUGCUGUGAAGGCCCCAAGCCAACACAAAACUGAGGAUGCGAUUAUGGCAGCAAGUGGAACAACAUCUAUGCACGUUGCUAAAGUCGUGCCGCUAGGGUUGCUUGGUUAUGCGAGCGUGGCCCCAAGCACAGACACCGCGCAGAGUGAACACAAGUAUGACGUGACGGCCCUGCGCUUGAACAACAAUGCGCUGACAAACCUUGAAGGAUUCUGGGAGACGACAGCGGCACUGAUUCAGCAACCUUCUGCCCUGGCAUGGAUUGAUCUUUCUUUCAACCAACUGUCGGACAUUCCGCAAGUGCUGUGUGAGCUGCAGGAGCUGCGUGUGCUCUAUCUCCAUGGUAACACGGUGUCUCGGCUCUCCAAUGUCAGCACUCUGGUCCCCUUGCGUCAUCUCCGUUCACUAACGCUGCACGGGAACCCAAUCGAGACGGAGAACCACUACCGCUACUAUGUGCUAUCAGCACUGCCUUCCCUCAAAUCUCUGGAUUUCAGUGCUGUGACAAAUCAGGAUCGACAGACUGCUGUGAUCUGGAGUAUGAACCGUGCCCGGCACUCCAAACGAAAACUACGAGACCAGCAAGACUAAUCAACAUAUUUGAACUUGCACACCUGACUUCAUUCUGAUGACAUGAAGAUAAUCUAGAGGGAAUGUCGAUCUCAAUAAAUCUGCAUCUGAACAAUUGCUCAUCACACUUACACAUUUAAAAGCAAAAACCUAGGUUUUAAAAUCAACACUAGUAUAUCACAAAGCAUUAAACAUUAAAAUAUGCAUAUUUAGGCAUGUAGAGGAAAAUUUUUAUGCAUCACCAUUAGUAUAAAUUGAAAUGUGACAGAACAAAUUCACUUUAAUUUCAAUGUUGUACAAUGUGUGGACAAACUAUUAUUUAAUAACUAGGUUGUUGGGGGGCGCCUAUGGCGCCUAUGGCGCCCCCCAACAACCUAGUAUUCAUCAUAGAAAGAUAAAGUUGUGCGCUUACCAACGUAAUGGAUUGUCUGUCCCUGCAACUUGGUUAUUGUGAUAGCGUAUGCGGCGAGAAUGGGAUAUUGUCGUCGUCGCAAAACAAAUGGCAAAGUCGUGUCAGUGGGGGCCAAGUCUAUUCUGGGAAUUAACACUGAAUCGCCUCGUUCUCUCCCUCUCUCAAGCAUUCAUGAUAUUCAUCAUAGAGAGAGAAAGUUGUUUAUAUUUAAAUAUCAUUUUACAUCUGGAAGACUUCAUUGAAAACGAAUUUCGUGUGAAUUUUCUCUCGUCGUUAAGUAAAUGUCCUUGCUGGGGGUUCGGUUCGAUGCAGAAGGCGACAGAGCUGGCUGUGCGGGAAGACCACCAUCUGCAGAUCGAUUCCAACGUAAUCGAACGUCCGUCCCUGCGCCUCCGUCGUUCAUGCACGGGGCGUGUAGGUUUGCAACGCCCCUGCAUGAAAACGAAGGGAAGUGCAGCGUUCAUAUUCAUCACAGAUAAAGUUGGGUGAUUAUAUUAUUAAUAAUAUUGAUCACUGUUGAUUUAGCAUCCUUUAUGUAAACUGAAAACAUGGGUGUGCAUAUUCUGUAUAUGUGUUACAUAUGUCUUUAGAGAAAACCCACGCAACUCUAUCUUAUACAGAUGGAACAGAUGGAGAUUAGUCCGAACUUGCUGUACCACCUUCUCCUGGCCCUUCUCUGACCCUUGAGCGCUACAUCUAUUGCAGGCGCUAUGCCGUACACAUGCCUGCACAUUGACAGGACGCUACACACGAGUUGGGCAUAAUGAGAGUGUCUCGGUAAAGUAAAAGUGUAGAAUUCGUAACUCGCACAGUUUUUUUGUUCACUCUUGGACAAAGAACGAUUCAAAUGCGCAGGAAACCAUAGCCAAGCGGGAAGGCCACAAGAACUGGUGCAACACAAUUGCCCAAGUUUUCUGGUCCUAUGUUAGAAUGUUUGGGAAAACGAAAUUACUUCUACAAAGCUGUGAUAUAUAUAGUUUGGGUUGCUGCGGUUCAGGUAACACGAGCCCGACGUCAACCCAACGGCCCGAGGGAAUUGCCUCUUAGCCAGGGCAUUGCAGUUAAGAGGAAUUGUACCGUAUAUGGUAAAUGUGCAACGACUUUGCAUCGUGUUUGAAUAUUUUAAUUAACUACAUAUGUUGAAGUCUUCGAGUCAAAAUCCAUAGUCAAAAGACCACGUGUAUCCAGCUAAAAUGUGUAAUAAAUGCAGUGCUAAUUGUAUUUAAA